UGCUUUGUUGACUCUCUGCUUGAUUGCUGUUUGGUCUAUUGUAUCGCAUCAUCUGUUGCUCCAACCUAUUAUCUCCACUGCUUGAAGCGAAUAACGCCAACUAUGGUCAUUCGACCGGGCAGCAGAGCCCUGAUUUUACUAUCCACUGCUUGGGUAGCAUCCGCCCAGUCGCUUACCCCUCCAUCAUCCACACUGCCUAACUGGGCGUACGCAGGAUGUUACACAGAUAGCGUGGGAAAACGAACAUUCGGCGGUGGCGGCUUCGACAGCGAUUCCAUGACCAACUUAAAAUGUGUACAAUAUUGCGCAGACAAGAACUUUGACUAUGCGGGUACCGAGUACUCGCGUGAAUGCUAUUGUGACAAUUUUGUGAACAAUGGGGGCCAAAAAGUCACAGAUGGCUGUACUAUGUCUUGCGCAGGGAAUUCUACAGAGCCUUGUGGGGGACCAAACCGGUUGACAGUUUACCAAAACAACGUUGUACAGGACCCUGCUCACGCCCCUGCACGGCCUUCCGUCAACCCUGGGGUGAAUGGUUAUCGCAGCCUGGGCUGUUAUACGGACGAUGUUGGUACACGAACCCUGUCUAUCGGCGUGGGAACAACAGGGGGUGGACAGAGCCUUACUGUAGCACUCUGCAUCUCAGCAUGUGCUUCGGGGCACUACUCGUAUGCUGGGGUUGAAUAUUCUGGACAAUGCUUCUGUGGAAAUGUCAUCGCUGGAACAGGCGCACCGGCAGAUGCAUCAACAUGCGAUAUGGUGUGUAACGGAAACACCACCGAAUAUUGCGGUGGAGCGAAUCGACUCAACCUUUACACGGCUCGGGCUGUUGCUGGGUGGUCGUCGCUUGGCUGUUAUACCGACAGCGUAGGUGCGCGCACACUGGCCAAUCGAGAAUUUCCCGAUGGGGAUUUGACGACUGAGUCUUGCCUUGCUGCAUGCCGGACCGCCGGGUACAAAUAUGCAGGCACUGAAUAUGGUGGCGAGUGUUACUGUGAUAACUCUUUCAAAAAUGGAGGCGGACCAGCUCCGGAUGGAAACGAUGGGUGUAACAUGCCUUGCAAUGGCAAUGAUCAAGAAACUUGUGGAGGGCCCAAUCGACUCAAUGCCUACCAAUAUGCCGAUGGUGAUUCAACUUCGACUCCAGGCCCAAAUCCAACCCCAACACCAAGUGGAAGUCCGACUGGUCAGCCUGUCCCCAGCUCCUCUUCAAGUAGCGUUCCUGUUCCCACGUCUCUACCUGAUGGCUGGGAAUACAAAGGAUGCUGGGUUGACAACGUGAAUGGUCGAAUUAUGGCCUUCCAACAGCCUGAUGAUCCGAAGAUGACCAUUGCAUCAUGUGUUGCAAUAUGUGCAAAACAGGGCUACACUGCUGCCGGUAUGCAGUAUUCAACCCAGUGCUUCUGUGAUAACUAUCUAGGCAGAGGCGCAACCAAUACUACUGAUGCAGAAUGCAACAUGAAUUGUGGCGGCGACCCCACCGAGAAGUGUGGCGCUGGUAACAGGGACAGUGUUUACUCUUCCAACCCAGGCCCUAUCACUGUUUACCCAGUACCGGUUCCACAAACGUCAAACCUCACUGGAUCUUGGAAAUAUGUGGGAUGUUAUUAUGAUGAUGCGCCAAAGAGAGCACUCCCAUGGUUCAUUGAAAUGAAAACAAACCUCACGGCAAACAGCUGCAUAAAGCAGUGCUCCGACUUUGGAUACAACACGGGAGGUGUCGAGUAUGGCGCUGAGUGCUAUUGUGGUGACAUGUCGGAUGUGCUUGCAUCUGGUGUCGGCCCGGCUCCCAAUACUGACUGUGGAAGUACAUGUAGUGGUAAUAUAACUGCCAUUUGCGGCGGUGGCCGACGUCUUUCCCUUUACACCUGGGGAGGAGACCCUCUCACCACAUGGACAUAUGCAUCUGGAAACGAUGCUGGGAAAUAUGAACUACUAAUCGGUGGCCUCACUGUUCCUCUCACAGUCCAAGCCGCUCGCAACGGCAAGAUUACUUUCCUGGAAAAGUCUGGAACGGGUGCUCCCAACACUACGGGUGCUUAUGAGCUAGACCCUGCUUCCAUCAAUGAUUUCUGGACGGCGUGGCGAAACAUGUCGGUCAAGACUGAUGUCUUCUGUUCUGCUUCUCUUACUCUACCAGACAAGGUUGGUCGUCAAAUCAAUAUUGGUGGUUGGUCAAGGCCGUCCACCUUUGGCGUCCGACUCUACUGGCCCGAUGGCUCACCGGGCGUCCCGGGCAAGAACAACUGGCAAGAGAAUUACGAAACGCUAUCGCUCCAGGAUGGACGAUGGUACCCCGGGGCCGUAAACAUGGCUAACGGUUCUAUUCUCGUUAUUGGAGGGGAAGAAGGAUCCAACGGAAGGCCAGUUCCCACGCUCGAGGUGCUCCCUAAGUCUGGAUCAACGGUGUACUGUGACUGGCUGAAUCGCACUGAUCCCUGGAAUCUCUACCCGUUCAUCAUGGUACUUCCUUCAGGCGGAAUCUUCGUGCAAUAUUAUAACGAAGCUAUCAUUUUGAAUGAAAACACCUUUGAGAUAACGAAGCAGCUGCCCAACCCUCCAGGUUCCGUCAACAACUUUCUUGCUGGACGCACAUACCCUCUCGAAGGAACAGCAGUCAUAUUGCCACAGUCUGCACCAUACACUGCUGAUCUAAGGAUCCUGAUCUGCGGUGGAGGAGCGGCAUAUGGUGGCGCUGUUAUAGACAACUGUGUCAGUAUUGCACCGGACGCCCCUAAUGCGAAAUGGGAGUUGGAGCGCAUGCCAUCCCAACGUGUGCUUGUAUGCAUGACAGCGCUUCCAGAUGGUACAUAUAUGAUCCUCAACGGAGCUACAGAAGGAGUAGCAGGCUUUGGUCUUGCCCAGAAUCCUAAUCUUAACGCUGUGCAUUACAAUCCCGUCAAGCCGCUCGGUAGUCGCUUCACUGUCAUGGCAAAUACCACUGUCGCCCGUAUGUACCACUCCGAAGCCAUUCUCAUGGAUGACGCUCGUGUCCUCGUUUCUGGCUCCGAUCCCCUCGACAACCGAUACCCAGAGGAAUAUCGCGUCGAAGUGUUCACCCCUCCCUACCUCAUGGGCAACCCCGUCCGCCCCUCCCUAGUCAUCGCAGACAACCAAAAAGACUGGGCCUAUGGCAACAGCUACACCUUCACCUCCAACGCCACCGUCACUAAAUUCUCGAUUUUGGGUGUUGGCGGCUCCACGCACGGCAACUCCAUGGGUCAGAGGACCAUCUUCCCAGCUUUCAGUUGCUCGGGUGGAGGGUGCACUGUCACUGCACCGCCCAACGCUCACGUGUGUCCCCCAGCCUGGUACCAAGUCUUUGCAUUGAAUGCGGCCGGCGUACCCAGCAUGGCUCAAUGGGUUAGGAUUGGUGGCGACCCGGCGAACUUUGGCGCCUGGCCUGAUCCGAAGAACUACCCUGGCUCCGAGCAAUGGUUCACGGUUCCUGGUUCUGGUUGA